AUGGAAAGUCAAGAUGCCAGGAUGUUCGGCAACUUUCUGAUUAAGUCUCCUUAUCCCCGUAGUACCGUCAAAGUCAUAUUUGGUGAUAACUCAAUCUACUGGAUCUCGGUCGAUCUGUUGGAGAGGUAUCCCAAGUGCAGGCUCUCCUACGACGCCCACAGGGGUGCCGUCAAGCUCAGCUGGCUGAACAAGACACAAACGGCUGCCUUUGUCGGCUAUCUACGCAACGGAACAUGGACGAGCCGAAAGCCAGAGGACUGGGACGGAUCACCGCACUACUACAACCGGAUACAACACUGUCUGUCGGUCCACGGUCUCGCUUUGGACUACGAAAUGGUCGAACUCGCUAGACUCACGUUUGAAGACUUCACCAAGAUGGCUGAUCGACUUUCAAUCUUCGGCCUCGUGGAGAUGCUUAGAGAAGCCAACUGGACGCUUCAGAGCAACCAGACUGCUUUGGCCGAGUACUUCACCCAACGAGUUUCCAUGAGCGAGGAGACCAUCACCGAGGUCCAGAUCGCCGGUUUCAAAAGCGAAACUAGCGCCAGUCGAACUUUCGCCAACAUCGCCCUUGGGGAAAUGGGCGAAAUGAAGCGCAAGCUCCAGCAGUAUGAAGAGAAGUACGGACCUCUGUAA